AUGUCAGCCGGUCAGCUGCUGCUGUGUUUGGUGGCCGAGGCCCUGGAAAAGAGGGGCAACCUCACAAAGGCCAACGAUAAGAACGGGAGAUGCAUCUACUCGUUCAGCGUGCCCAGCCCCGUCCAGUCAAGCUGUUCGGAUGGGGACCAGGACAGGGCGGCCUUCCUCGACCUCCAGAGGUCAGAGCUAGAGGCUGCCAAACACAGACUGGGUGCUCUCGAGGCCCUCGUCGGUCGCCCACGGGGGAGCCCAACUCCGGGCCUCGAGCCUCAGGGGGUCGAGGAACUUCGGAAGGAACUGGAGCUCCUGAGAGAGGAGAAGGCUCAGCGAGAUGCCCAGGCCGCCACCCCGGAGGCUGCCUACAGAACCCCCCUAGGGGAGAGGUCAUCUGUGGAGGAGGAGAGACGGCGUCUGGAGCGGGAGAACGCGGACCUAAGGAAGAACCUGGAAAGCAGCAGCAGCCAGAGCCGGUGUGGCCAAGGCACGGCAACCCCAGGCAGAGACCCCGCCGGGGGGCCGAGGAAGGUAAGGCUGCAGCGGCAAAAGGUUUCAAAGUGGGGCUUAGAGAACACAGCCUUCCAGGAGCUGAAGUCUGACUUAACAGAGAUUGCUGCUCCCAGUCUCACCCAAGAGAGUCCUUCCAGCCAAGCUGGCACAGGAGACUCAGACACUGGGUGCGGUCAACUGGUCUGGGUCGGCGAUCUGGUCACCUUGCAGGCGGAGACCAUCGCUGGCAAGUAUGGUGUCUGGAUGAGAGACCCCGAGCCCGUCCCCCCGCACAGCAGGAAGACCACCUGGAAGGUCGACGCCAUCGGGACGAAUGUUCGCCGGGUGGCCGAGUAUGCCACCGUCAGCCAGUUCUCCAAAGGCCUCCCUUCCAAGGUCCACGUCCUGCCCGGGCCCAUGGAGAGCACGGGGGCCGUGGUCUACCGUGGCGGCCUCUACUUCCAGAGGCAGAAGUCCAGGACCCUGACCAGAUACGAACUGAAGACGGAAACUGUGAAGGUUCAGAGGGAGGUUCCCGCCGCGGGCUACCACGGGCGCUUCCCUUAUUCUUUGGGGGGCUACACCGACAUCGACCUGGCAGUGGACGAACUCGGGCUCUGGGUCACCUACAGCACCGAGCGGGCCAGGGGAGCCAUCGUCCUGUCCAGGCUGGACCCGGACACUCUGGAGACGGGGCAAACCUGGGAGACCAACAUUCGCAAGCAAUCUGUCGCUAACUCUUUCCUGAUUUGCGGCACUCUGUACACCAUCAGUAGCUACUCUGCUUUUAAUGCCACCAUCAACUUUGCCUACGACACGGGCACCAACAGCAGCAAGGCCCUGGCCAUCCCAUUCAAGAACCAGUACAGAUACUGCAGUAUGGUUGACUACAAUCCCGCUGAAAAGAAGAUCUUCGCUUGGGACAACUUUCACAUGGUCACAUAUGACAUCAGGCUCUCCAAAGUGUGA